AUGAGGCGGGCCAACCCUAAUGGCUCCGCCGGGUACGGGGGACCGUCGGAUGAAGUUUCGAAGGGACUGGCAAGGCUAAGCACAACUUCAUCUGUGGGCAGUGAAAAGGACUGUGGGAGCUCCACGAAUAUGUUGUUACCAACAGACUUGAGCCUCUUGAUUACAUCGAGGACGUCUCAGGCGGGAGUGGGGCCAGCGCACGGCGCUGAGUCACCGCUGUCUGCAGCCUCCACGCCGACUCGCAAGAGUGGUGCGAAGACGCAGGGAAUAAGUUUCCACUGUGGCAGCAGCACAGCUGAUACAGAUCAACUGCGUGAGAAACUUCAGCAGAUGUGGGACGAUGGCGAGCUUUCGCCUCGUGCACCUCUUGACCGAUCCCUGGGCUAUUGCUCCACUUCCCCGAACAGUUCCGGCAAAAAACUUGGUGUUGAUUCAUCGUCUCUGGAUUCGGCAACGAAAAGCCCUCAAGGAUGCAAGGCUAGCUCACAGCAGCAAGAUGUGGGAGCCACCGUAUUCAUCAGUGAUAUCAGGGCAUUGCGUCAGAUGGCACCGUUCAGCUCAACGGAGGAGCAGGUCCUCACCAGGUCACAGAGAAAACGAAGCAGCGCAAGUCUCCUACAGCAACUCGUGGCAGAUUAUCCCAGUGGGACGAUCCAGGGGCAACAGAAAGAGCAAGACACUGCCGCGCAGAAGCAUCAACAUGAAGGUCUGCAGGGCUUGCAGACAGAGCUUCGUAGUGCGGCUGAGAGUCAGCAACAAAAGUAUUUGACUAAAACGGCAGUGGAUGUGUUAGAUUUAUCCACUGGCCGAUUAAAAGGGCCCAUUACCCUGCCGUCACCUGAUGCUGCGUCGAGGGGUUUGGGGACGCGCAAGCGCCGCGCCAGUAGCCCAUUGGCGCCCACGUAUUCGUUUUCGUCGGACUCCUCACACGCCAAGGUUAAGGGAGACAUGCCGAAUGAUGUGCUUCCCAAUCCCAAGAGCCGCAAGCGUCUUUCUUCUUUUUCCUCGCAGACCCUUGGUCCCUCCGGUGUCUCGGCUGGAGCAUCGCCUAGGCGUGGCUCCGCUGCCGCACCGGUGGCACUCAACGGCGAAAAUGGCGUUACUCGCGGCAUUAUGGAUGCAACGGCCAACUGCGCAAGUAACAACAGCAGUACCACUACGAUAGAGUCUCCCUUUCAGAAGCAUCCUCCACCUUCCCCUUCAGACUUCCCGGCUUCGUCGCCAAUUAAGACCACCUCGCACCCUCUUCAGCAACUUUUUCAGGCCGAAACACGACAUCAGGGUCACUCACGGCAAGCGUGUGCCGCUGACGGUCGCAGACCGUCCUGCAGUGGCCCUGCGGGUAAUCCAUUAAGCAGCCCCGUGCGAGUGUCGCCUCGCCGCACACAAACUGGCGCUGAAGCCUCUUUUCCCUCAUUCCAGACGCCUCGGGUUCCUUUCAGCUCGCCUGAACCUCGCGAAGGUAGAGCUCGGGCUUCCAUCCGCUCCAAAAUCUCACAGCGAUGCCCGUCGCCCUUGCUGCUGGUUACAGAGAACACCCCAAGUAAGAAGGCUGUAGGUCGGAGAGGCUGCAGGUGCCCUUCGAAAAGUCCCCCUGGACGAGGCGCGUCGCCAACGGUAACAGAGGCGCAGCAAAGGGUCUGUGCUGUCCCGUUUGGGCAGGAGGCUUCAGCGAAGGGGCCGGCGGUUUCCCGCCGCGCCUCUACUGUCCCAGCGUCAAAGUUGAAAGCACCUAGUCAGAGUUUUGACAAUGCCGCAGCAAAGUUGCUGAGUCAGAGAGAAGCGGAGUCGGCUAAUGGAGUGACAAAGGCGCGUGAAGUGUCCACAGCUAAUUCACCAAUCAGGAAUGAGAAUUCUAUUUCUCCCUGGCAAAGGGCAGGACGAUCAAGUGCAACUCCUACGCGAACCGUUGCAGCUAAAAAGCAUUCUAAAGGCCAACAAAUGCCUGCGACAACUGCAAGUAAUGGAUCUUCUCGAAGCGCAGGAGCCAAGACUGAGCUUUCAUGCAAGUCGUCAUGUCCAAGUAGUACAGAGCCAAGAGUGCCCUAUGUAGCAGCCACUAGUUCAGCACGAAGGCGGUCUGUGACAAGGCGCAGCAAUAUGGUGAGAGCCUCUACGCUUUCGCGUUUGCCUUCAGCCCCGAGCUCUCACGCAGUGCGUCGCUCAGUAUCACUCGCGUCAGGCGCUUCUCAGGACGGUGCCGUCUCGGCUGCCUCACCCGUCGCAGCCACGUGCCCCGUACGCAUUGUACGAAGUGCCGCUCCUGGAGAACGCAGACGGACUCCACGGCAUGGAACUUCUCCCAGUAAAGCAGAAAUGCAGUGCUUGCCUUCAUCACGUAAUGCUACGUGCAUCAAACUUGGGGCGAGAUUGGGCGGUGUUUCUUCUGUUGGAUCUUCCAAGGGAGGGCGAGGCUCAACGGCAAUAGGUGGCUCAGUAGCGGCGAAGGCCGCAGCAGCAGUCGCAGAGCGCAGGUGCGUAGCUAGAGCAACCCCAGCACGUUCCUCAGCAGACAAAACACGGAAAAGUAGCUGCUUGGUUCAGGGCACAACGGCGCGGCGCUCUGUACGAGUGCUGCCUAUCGCAAAGCCAGGGCGUCUUCUUCCCAUUUUAGAGAAAGACGGAAGCAGUGGACGCAGCUCAGUGAGCAGUAAGUCCGUUGAAGCAGCUCGUGGAGUCCGGACUUCUCGCUCUAGAACGCCAGCUUCCCCUCCAGGCUCCCAAGAACCCUCGGGAUUGACAUCUUCACAGCAAGACGACCCUUCUGUUAAAUGCUCCUCAGAUAGCCGAAUGAAUUCGGAAUUUGAGCUUUCAAGUUCCGCUGCAGUAGAGUCAACAGACGCGACGGACACAGGAGCCAAAAUGUCCGCAGCUAAUGAUGGGGUUUCCGGGCAUAGUAAUGGCACGGAGGAACACAUUGUAAAUAAUGGAAGUUUGCCAGAGCUGGAGUUCCAGUGCGCACCCAGUGGCAGCCCCAAGUUCGCCGCGAAUUUUGACGAUGGUCAAGAACGCGGUACUGACGAAAACACAGCAGCUAGAAGCAAAAGGGGCGCCAGUUACUCCAUUAAUCUGGAUAGUGCCUCGGCCCCUCAUGAUGCGAAGCCGUCCAUUGAUAUUGAUGCCAUUGCAACAACUGGUGGUGCAAGCUCUUCACAGAAGCCACGGGGCAACACUGCGGCGCAGCCCCAGAACCGUCGGCGCAGCAGCUCUCCACAUAGCCUGUCUCUUCAGAAAGUGGCCACUGAACUGGAAAUACAGCAGCCUGAAACCUUUGCUUCCAUGCGCCGAGCCUCGAGUGUCUGCAGUCUCGAGGAUGGCAGUGAGAAGUGGGUCCCAGCGCAUCAACAGAAGAGGGAAGCGCUUCACAAGGAGUGGGCGGUCCGCGAUCGGGAGUACCAGGAAAAGCACCAGAACUUGUUACUCGAACAACAGCGCAAGGAGAGAUUGCUGGCAUGGGAACAGCGUGAAGCUGAACUGCUGAAAAAUCGAAAAGCUCUUUCCAAAGAAGAACCCUCGUUUUGGGGAUUUGACCCAUUCAUGGUUGAUGAGGAGGAUGAGAAAGUUCUAACGACAGAAGAACUUCGGGUUGAAGUGUCGCGGUUUCUGAAGGGAGAUUUGCGCUUCCAUUCACGAGCUGAUUUACUCCGCGUUGUGAAGAAGUUCAGCGAACAAACCCGAACAACAACGACAACCACAAGCUCAAGGCUUAACUUUACCAAGGUGGAGCAGCGUGUUGUCCCAAUGGCUGCUCGCCAAGUGCACGGCACCGUGCCACACGAGAGACGUCGGAAGUCAAUUCUUCGAAACAGCAGUGGAACACAGCAGUCAGAAUGCCGCAGACGAAGCCGAGGGAUCAGCUUUUCUCCGUUCAACAAGGUCCAGCUUUACAUGCUUGACGAGCACGAAAGAGCCAGCAAAGAGGCAGCUGCCCACUUGUCCCAGCAAGGUGAACAGCGACAGCAACUUCGACAGAAACUUAUGCAUCAAUUUCAAUUGAUGAUGCUCCGAGGUGACUCGGAUUUGGAGCUGGCAGUGCUGCGCCGCCAACUGGCAGACUUAUACGACCCCGACGAUGAGGAUAGCAUCGCCUUCUUAUCGCCUACUUUGACUCCAGGCCGUGAAGCUGAAGCAGCAAAUAAAUGCUCUCCCACUGCGUCUCAGCAGGAAGGUGGUGAGAGGUCCACGGCUUACAAUGACGCGGGACCUACUGGAUCUAUGGCAUCAGAACAAGGCGGAGCAGGACGGCUUCCCUUCACAGUUUCCCCUUCGUGGAGACAGAGACCUCAUGGGAUAUGGCAAGAGCCGCCUGGGGCUUCGCAGACUGAGCCUUGUGCUGAGUGGAGUCCACCGCCAAGCCCUAUGGAACACAACCGUGUAAAUGGAAUGAGGGUUAAGGAGGACAACAAUUGCUGGGAGGCGACUUCACUCGGCACAGGUAGUGCCCUUGAGGACGAGCGUGAGCACAACCGCAAAGAUAACGACGAAAAUGCCAAUUGCAAUGCGGCGCACAGCCCGAAACAUCUCUAUUCCACUCAGGAGACAUUGGAGUUAAAGCAUCCAGGGAAAGACUUGCCAGCUGAGGAAAAGCCCAAGCCUCCAUCGGAUGCCAACAGGCGCCAUUCCGUGCUCAGUCGGAGGCUUUCCGUGGUUCCCAAUGCCCACUUGUCCCAGUAG